UUCAAUUUUAUUAUUUUGAAUAUUAUUUCAUUGAUCCAGAAUGAAGUCCCUCAUCUUUACUAUCGCCGUCCUUUUCACACUAGUAUUGGGAGAGAUAUCGGAGAAUGAGAAGUAUACAGAAAAGUACGACUCCUUGGACAUCGACGCCAUUAUCGGGAAUAAGAGGCUGAUGGCCGCAUACGUCAGGUGUGUGCUGGAGAAGGGCAAAUGCACGCCAGAGGGCAAGCUUCUUAAAGCACACAUCACCGACGCCCUACAAACCGGCUGCUCCAAAUGCACCAUCGCACAGAAAGGAGCCAUGCGCAAAGUGAUCCACCACCUCAUCAAGGAGAACCCUGGAGCGUGGGAGGCGCUACUCGACAAAUAUGACCCUGAGAAGGUCUAUGUGGAGAAGUACCAUCAUCAGCUAAACUCUGUGUUAGAGGAAUAGGUC